AUUCAUUUAUUCAAUAUCUUCUAAAGAUGCAGUCGCAGUAUAAUGUCUGCCAUUUUGUUGCAGUUCUAGUUUUAUUAUUGUGUACUUGUAUAUUAGGUUUUGAUGAGUCCGACAACAGACCGUUGGAGCCGAGACACGAGAACUUAUUCAACGCUGAGCUUCCUAUUGAUCGUGAAUAUGAUUAUGAUAAUUAUUAUGGGGAGAUACCAAAGCAACGCAAGAAGACUGUAUCAACACAAACACACACCGAAUCCACUGAGGAAAAGAAAGCGACAUAUUUCCUUGAUAAUUUAUUUAAUGGGUAUGACCAAAGGAUACGACCUCAUCAUAAAAGGUCCCCGGUCAACGUUACAGUGAAUAUCUUCGUGAAUAGCUUUGGUUCUAUUGCUGAAACUACAAUGGACUACCGUGUAAACAUUUUCCUUCGAUGCCGAUGGAACGAUCAACGCAUGGCGUUCACUGGGUUCGAUGAAGAUGCGGUUGCUCUUCAUCCAUCUAUGUUGGAAAAUAUAUGGAGGCCGGAUCUUUUCUUUGCUAAUGAGAAACAUGCUAACUUUCAUGAGGUUACCACGGAGAACAAAUUGUUGAGAAUUUAUAAGAACGGAGACGUUUAUUCAAGCGUUAGAUUAAGCUUAACAUUGGCGUGCGCGAUGCAUUUACAGAACUUUCCAAUGGAUAUACAGACAUGCAAGAUGCAACUGGAGAGUUUUGGCUACGACAUGCGAGACUUAGCCUUCCAGUGGCAAGAGGACCUCCCCGUACAACUCCCACCCUCCCUUACUUUACCCCAGUUCCGUAUACUUGGUUACAAGCUUGGUUCGUGUACAAAGGUUUAUAACACAGGUUCAUUCACGUGCAUCGAGGUUUCAUUCAUCCUUGAGCGACAGAUGGGAUAUUACGUCAUCCAGACCUACGUCCCAUCUGCUCUUAUUGUUAUAUUAUCGUGGGUUUCCUUCUGGAUUAACAUGGAAGCCGCACCAGCACGUACAGCGCUCGGUAUAACUACAGUGCUCACUAUGACAACACAAAGCUCUGGUGCUCGUGCUUCCCUGCCUAAGGUGUCGUAUGUGAAGGCAAUAGACACUUGGAUGGCAGUUUGUUUGUUGUUUGUGUUUGCUGCUUUACUCGAGUUUGCCGUCGUUAACUUCCUAUCGAGGCAACAACAACGGUUGAUCAAAGUCAAUAUGGGUUGGUUGAUCAAGCAAAAGAGCUAUCGAGUUACUGAACAUCGCAGCGCGCCAGCGCCACCCAGUGAGGAUUCAGGAGAUGACGCGACAAGAUAUUGCAUUGUGGGAAGACUGCCCAUAAAGGAAGAACCCCCAAUUAAACAAAGCAUUGCUGAAGAUUACAAGAAGAAAGCUUUAGCCAUCGAUACUUUAUCAAGAAUAAUAUUCCCAACAACAUUCCUUAUAUUUAACAUUGUGUAUUGGUUGUCUUAUAAGAUCGCAAACAACGACAAAGAGUUUUACAUGAAGGGGGCAAUCGAAUACUGGAGUGAUUGAGAAAGUUGCAAUGUUUUGUUAUUGUUUGUCAUCAGCUGUGGUUAUGUGUUGUCUGUUUAACAAAUUCGAUAACAGAACGUUCUUUGGCGAAACGCGGAACAAUCGAUUCAACCCAGUGGCCACUAAUGGGUUGUCUAAAUCAUACAGAAAAACAAUAACUCACAAAGUUACAUACAUGGUAACAUGUAAGUGGGCGCGAGGUGUAUGAAGCAGAACACCCGUGUUAAAACGAAUGUCGUUUUCCGGCCAGGCCAGGACAAAUAAGUUACAUUCACUUGUAUGACCAACUUACAAAGGUAUGUGUUGGGUGGGGAGACAUUACACAAUUGAAACCGA